GGAAAAGAGGAGGAGAGCCGACCGACCGACCGGCACCGGGACACUGGGACACUGGGAGACUGAGCGUCCUCCGCGAGGACAGGUGAAUUACCAUGACGAAAGAGCCCGGUGAAGUCCAGCCCACAGAGGCGGAGUCUCUCCCUGAAGCUGCUGCCCACUCCACCCCUAAACAGGCAGGGGCAGGCGGGCCGUGCCAGAGCCGAGCUCAAGGGUCGUUGGCCGAGGACUCCAGCAGCCAACUGUCUUCCAGCAGCCGCAUCGCCCGCUCUCCUGCCAGGAACCCGCUGAGCUUCAGGACCAUGCAGGCCAGGGUGACCCUUCUGGACGGGUCGCAGUUCACCUGCACCGUAGAGAAACGUUCGCGAGGUUUCCAGCUGCUUGAGAAGGUUUGUGAACACGUCAACCUGCUGGAGAAAGACUACUUCGGUUUGACCUUCAGAGAUGCCGACAACAACAAGAACUGGCUGGAUCCAGGGAAGGAGAUGAAGAAGCAGGUCAGAGGUGUUGCCUGGAACUUCUCUUUCAAUGUGAAGUUUUACCCCCCGGACCCGGCCCAGCUGUCCGAAGACAUCACCAGGUACCUCCUCUGUCUCCAGCUCAGGCAGGACAUCGCUUCGGGGCGACUUCCUUGUUCGUUUGCGACGCACACGGUUCUGGGCUCCUACACCAUUCAGUCAGAGCUGGGAGACUAUGAUGCUGAUGAAUGUGGUCCAGACUACGCGAGUGAAUUGUCUUUUGCUCCAAACCAAACUAAAGAGAUGGAGGAGAAGAUCGUGGAGAUGCACAAGAUUUACAGAGGAAUGAGUCCAGCUGAAGCCGAGAUGCACUUCCUGGAUAACGUGAAGAAACUUUCUAUGUAUGGAGUGGACCUACACCAUGCAAAGAUGGUAGGAAGCCGCUUUGAUUGCUUGUCUGCAGCUAAUUCAGAGGACUCGGAAGGCGUGGCUAUCAUGUUGGGCGUGUGCAAUAGUGGUCUUCUCGUCUACAGAGACAGACUGAGGAUCAACAGAUUCUCGUGGCCAAAGAUCUUGAAGAUUUCCUACAAGAGGAACAAUUUUUACAUCAAGAUCCGACCAGGAGAGUUUGACCAGUUUGAGUCCAUUAUUGGUUUUAAGCUGCUGAACCACAGAGCCGCAAAGAGACUUUGGAAGGUCUGCGUGGAGCAUCACUCCUUCUUCAGACUGAUAUCUCCAGAGGAACUGCCCAAGAAGUUUCUGUUUUUGGGUUCCAAGUUUCGCUACAGUGGUCGCACUCAGAUCCAGAGUCGCAGAGCCAGCUCCCAAAUCUCCAGACCUGCCCCUAAUUUCCCACGAUGCAUCAGCAAGAGGAACAUCCUUAGUCGCAGUCUGGAUGGAGAUAUGGGCUCAGGGCUGUAUCUAGGGGGAGCAUCUAAGGGCAUCGCCGUCAGUGACCUCAUCACCACCGUAACGCCUGAGAGGAGGAUGGACGAGAAGAGGGAAGAGCAAGUGGAGGUGGUGCAGCAGGCAUACCAAGAGGAAGAAGAGGUGCUGCCAAUGGAAGAGGAGGAGGAGCUCAAAGCCACAGACGUUUCUCAGCAGAGUCCUCCAACUCUUCAAAAACAAGACACCAAAACUGAGCUGACCGACACUGCUGUGGACGGAGACCUGACGGCCACCGAGUCUGAUCAGGAUGAAGACUUGAAAACUCAGGAGACGAUGGGGAGUCCUGAAGAGCUUCAAAAACCUCAAAGCACCAUCAGCGUGCUCCGACGCUCCUUCUUAGAGGGAGGAGAGCCAGGAGGAGGAAUGACAGAGUGGGACAGGCGUUUAGCGUCCUCCCCACUCCACCGAGUUGAUGAUUAUCCCAUGAUCGAACCUCUUGAGCUGGACCAGGAGGGCGCUGCUUUGAAUAACCAGGCUCUUCCUGAGCCAAUCGGAGAAGAGCACCAUACCAUCGAGCAGAGCUUUGAAACAUCCCCUGGCGGGGCCUUCCCCAUGAUGACCGGGGACAAUGUUACCAUGGUGAUGACAGACAUGAUGGUGGGCCAGCAGACCCAAAAAAGCCCAGUAUCCACCACUGAUGAUGUUAUGCCAGGAGCACCACUGAUCACCAUUGGUGAGGUGAGAACUCUGGCCUCGCCAUUGGAGCAGCCAACUGCUGAAGACAACUGUGAUGAAAGCAGCAAAGACAAAGCCAGGACUUUGGACCUUUUUGGGGGUGGAGUCUCUGUGAUAUCAUCUUUGUCUUCCCUCUGCCUUCCAAAAUCCCCUUUGGAUGACUUAAGCCCCGCUUCUGGCAGGACAUCACCUUCCAUGGCUAGAGUGCCCAAACCCAGUUUUGAGGAGAUGUCUCCUGAACUGACAGCUCUGCUGAAGUCAGCUGGACACCAGAAGACCUUCAAGGAGCACAAUCUGCUCAAGACUUCAGAGAAAGUAGAGACUGUCUUCCUGCUGACAGAUUCAGGUGACCAGGAUCAGCCAGUGGGAGAGCAGUCUCAGGUAGCAGCAAGUCUAGUUGGCCGACCCCCUACCAAUCCCCCGCCCCCUCCACCAGGAGACAGCAAAAUGCAGACUGAUGAUGUCAUAAAGCCAUGGGCCAGUGAUGAUGAUAGUAACAAUGCUAAUUAUGCUAAUGUUGCUAAUUAUGCUAACGUUGUUAAGAGUCCAGCUGGUAAGCAUGAGGUCAGCGACGAUGAUGAUGUCAGCGACAAUGACCUCGGUAAUCAAGCUAGCAGUGAUAGCGAUGAUGCUAGUGAGGCUAGUGAGGAUGCUAUUAGCGUGUUAGCACAGACGGCAGUGGAGGAGGUAAUGGAGGUUGCAGUCAGACAGGCCGAGGCUAAAAGCCCCACCUGCUUGGUCCUGACCGCGAGACAUCAACCUUACCAUGACAGCGAAGACUCGGACGACUCCCAGGAUGAAGGAGGGUGGAGGUUUGAGGACUCCCCUCCCCCGGCCUCACACCACCUUACAAGCAGACACUCAACCAGUGCUACUCCACCAUCCACCCCCAGCAAAAAUGAAGAAGCUGAACCCCUACAGGAGGAGGUUCCAGUCAUGAGGAAGACUCUCACAUAUGAAGCUCCUGGGAUCCGGGUGGAUCCUCCUGCAGGCCUGCUGCUGAGCUCCCAGGUCUUUACUGCAGAGACGUCCAACACCACCACCACCACACACAUCACCAAGAUGCUGAAAGGAGGAAUUUCAGAAACCAGAAUUGAGAAGAGAAUUGUGAUUUCUGGAGAUACAGAAAUCGACCAUGACCAGGCUCUGGCAGCAGCGCUCAGCGAGGCCCAGCGCCAGCACCCUGAGCUGUCUGUCACCCGGGUUGUUGUCCAUAAAGAGACCGAGGUGUCUUCUGAUCAUGUGAUUGAUUAAUGACAGGACUGAGUCUGCUGCAUUGUGGGAGAAGAAGUCCACACCUCUAACCCCACAAAGAUGCUCACUGAUUCAACACCAGUGGACUUUCAUGGAAAUGUCUGGAACAAUACCGAAAAUAAGGAUUCACACACAUGCAUGCAAGCUUAGACACACACACACACAAACGUAUAAACACACAUGCGCACACACAUACAGGACUGUCUCAGAAAAUUAGAAUAUUGUGAUUUUCUGUAAUGCAAUUACAAAAACAAAAAUGUCAUACAU